UUUGGGCGAGCGCAAUUUUUGUGUUUUUCGUUGCUUAUUUGUGAUCGUUCGGAUCAUUCAGAUGCUGUUUGUUUAAUUUAUUUAACACUUAUCUCAAUUGUUAAAAAGUGCUUAUAAAAUGCAAUUCCUAUCGGAUAUUCCACUUCUCGAGGCUGGGACAAUUAACAGUUACAUCAAGAACAACGGCUACACAAACGAACUGGACAACGGAAACACCGUUCGAAAAACGCGAUCCUCUUUAACGAAAAUAAUUGACACGGUUCUGGUGGAGGAUUUAAAACAGGUGAAAAGCGAAAACCCGGAUCAGGUUCAUUUGACCGGGAUCUUGAAGGUGAUCGUAUUCGAUGCACCACCGGUCAAACCGAAUCGGAAGAAAAAUGCGGAUCAGAAGGAAAAUAAACCCUUCGUUAAGGCCCACCACUUACAGUUGGAUUUAGAAACAUCAACGGGUGAGAUCGUAUCUGUUCGAUGCCAUAAUUGCGAAAAGGAUAAAGAAAAAUGUCAAAAGGUCCACGCAUUUCUGUUGUGGAUCCAACAGAAGCAGAAGGAAGUUUGGAAAGACGCUUCAAAUGACGAGCUUUAUGAUACUAAGAAAAUAAAACGCGAACGUCGCCCCGAUAAUGUGCUAAGACCCGUAAGCUUCAAUAACGAACAGGAAGAGGUAGUUCCUCUUCCCGCAUUGCCAAAACUGAAAAAAGAAACCGUGGAGAUUUCCCCUGUGGAAUUGGAAUCUGCCAUGAAACUUUCAAUGUUCAAUCUCAUAAGAGAAUUCCAAGGUGAUGAUCCAGUUGCUUUUCUCGAGUUUUGCACCAAAAAAAUGCAGCAAGAAAACUGUUCCAAUGCUCAAUUGCUCACUGUUGAGCAAGCCGAUACUGAUUUGUGGCAUGAACUGAGAAAAGGUCGAAUCACGGCUUCCCGAAUGCACGAAGCUUCGCGCUGUACCAUGCUCAAUGGUUCCCUCACCAAUAAGAUAAUGGGUAUAAGUUCCGGGUUUUCGUUUGCCAUGCAACGAGGAACUGACCUGGAGGGUCAUGUCUUCAACGUACUCAAAAAGCAGUAUCCAUCGUUGCGCAACACCGGUCUGGUCCUUGAUCCUCAAUUCCCCUGGAUGGGGGCCUCUCCGGACGGAAUUGCCGAUGACUUUGUGCUGGAAAUCAAAUGUCCCUAUACUCCGAACACCUUUGCCUGUUAUAUCGACGUUAAUAAGCUGUCGAAGAAAUAUUUCGCCCAGAUUCAGCUACAAAUGCAUAUGACCCACCGUACCAAGGCUCUGCUAGGGGUUGCUGCGCUAGACUUCGAGCGUUCCAGGAAAGUGACACAGGUUUGGAUCGAUUACGAUAAGGAGUACGUAGACGGCGUCAUGGAGGAAGCGUUCGAGUUUUGGAGCAAAGGUGUUUUCCCGGCGUUGAAGAGAAAACGCAAGACCAAGAAAUGACUGCAUUUCGAGAUUUCGAAACUUUUGAUCUCAUUUUUUGCUAUCUCAUGUUUUUUUUUUCAAAUUACUUACUCAUAAGUGAAUAACCAGUGCAUUUUAACUUACUGUUUUUUUUCUACUUUUUUUUUUGUUUUGUUCUUGACGUUUUAUA